AUGACUUCUUUAGCGUUUAAAGUUAAAAGUAAAAAUGGUCAACAGAUAUUGAAAGAUUUGACCUCUGAAAGUACUGUGGGUGAAUUAAAAAUGUUUCUUUCGAGUAUAUCGGACGUUAGCGCCGAAAGAAUCUGCGUAUUGUGUGGAUAUCCACCUAAACCAUUAGACAUUAGUAACGAUAAUAAAAAAAUUACUGAGAUUGGUUUAAAAACGGGGGAGUCAUUAAUAGUCGAAGAGAAAUCAGCACCAGCACCAGAAAAUAAGAAACCAGACAUCGCUAAGCCAGUGGAGAAUGGCGUGUCGCACGAAACAAUAGGACCCUGCAGACCUGGGAUUUUAAUGAAAAAAGUUGUUCCUUCUGAUAACUCUUGUCUCUUUACUAGUAUAGGUUUUGUAUUAAAUGGUAAUAUAGAUACAACAGUCCAUACAUUAAUGCGUCAGAUUAUUGCAAUGGAAGUAGCUAGUGACCAUAACACCUACAACGAGGGUGUCUUGGGACGUCCUAAUGCAGAAUAUUGUGCUUGGAUUCAACAACCCAGCUCUUGGGGUGGUGCGAUUGAGGUGGCGAUUCUGUCUCGUUUCUAUGGUCUAGAAAUGGCUGUUGUAGAUACACUUAAUGCUAUAAUAAAUAGAUUUGGCGAAGAUAAGAAUUAUGGUCAAAGAGUAUUUCUCUUAUUUGAUGGAGUUCACUACGAUCCAUUAUACUUAGAACAAUCUGAUGGUGGAAUUCAAACAAUAUUCCCCUCUGAGGAUAUGGAUAUAUAUAGGGAAGCGGAACAAUUAGCUAAGGAGGCGAAAUCAUCACGUCAAUUCACAGAUUUGAACAAAUUCACAUUAAAAUGUAUGAUCUGUAAUAAACUGCUUACAGGACAGGUUGAAGCACAGAAACAUGCUAAAGAAACUAAACAUACUAAUUUCGGUGAAGUGUAA